AUGGAGAGCUGCCGGGCCCUGGCGCUGUGCGCCGUGGCGGCCGCGCUGCUGCUGAGCGCCCGCGGGCACGGAUCGACCCCGGCCCGCCGCGCCCGCGACCUGGGAGCGCCCGGAGGCGGAGGCGCCUCCCGGGAGAAGGAGCUGAUCGAGGCGCUGCAGGAGGUGCUGGAGAAGCUCAAGAGCAAGAGGGGACCGCACUACGAGAAAAAGUUCGGGCAAGUGCCCAUGUGCGACGCCGGGGAGCAGUGCGCCGUGAGGAAGGGGGCUCGCAUCGGGAAGCUCUGCGACUGCCCCCGGGGGACGUCGUGCAAUUCCUUCCUCCUCAAGUGCCUAUAA